UUCCAACCAUUUCUCCAUCCAAUUGUUCAACCUCAACCGGAAUCCUCCAUAACUCGCCGGGAUCCUCUUCCAAUUCGUCCUCUCUGUACAACUCUAUAUAAGAUAAUUGAGGUUUGCUUCUAUCUGAGAGAAUAUAUUUGUAUUGCUUUUACUUGGAAGAUUGAAAAUGGAAGGUGCUGUGGCAUAUGAGAGCGAUCUGAACUUGAAGGCAACCGAGCUUAGACUGGGGUUGCCGGGAAGUGAUGAGGCUGAGAAAGAAGCACUUUCUGGUGUUAGAAACAACAAGAGAGCGUCGCCUGACACAAGUGAUGAGUGUGGAUCCAAGGGAAGUUCUAAUGGUGAUCGUGAAAAUGCACCUGCCACGAAGGCACAAGUUGUAGGGUGGCCACCAAUCCGAUCCUUUCGGAAAAAUAGCUUCCAACCGAAGAAGACUGAGGCGGAGGCUGCUGGAAUGUUCGUGAAAGUAAGCAUGGAUGGAGCUCCUUACCUCAGAAAGAUUGAUCUGAAGGUUUACAAAGGCUAUCCGGAGCUCCUUCAGGCUCUACAGCAUAUGUUCAAAUUCACCAUAGGUGAUUAUUCAGAGAGGGAGGGGUACAAGGGAUCAGAAUAUGUACCAACUUAUGAAGACAAAGAUGGUGACUGGAUGCUGGUUGGCGAUGUUCCAUGGGACAUGUUCAUGUCAUCCUGCAAAAGACUGAGAAUCAUGAAAGGAUCAGACGCCAGAGGCUUGGGUUGUGGUGCAUAAGGAAUCCUAGAAGUCAUGGCAGCCCAUAAAAGAAGAAAGGACGUGUCUCUCACCCAGGGAAACUCUUUCGGCUUGGGUUCUCCAGGAAGAAAUUUGGAUUUGAAUGUCGUUUUCUCUAUCAACAGUCUUCUCUGGAACUGAAACAGCAAGUCAAGACAGCAAACAGAGAAAACAAAGCAGAAUUAAAGUUUCUUUCCCAAAGUUGUGGCACCAAGAUCCAUGGUGGUUUUAAGCAUCUUGAUGUUAUUCGUAGCCUUGUUUGUAAUAAUCGCAUCAAGCUAAACCUGCAUAUGAAGAGAUAUACAUCUAUGCUUCAGAUGCAAUUGUAAAGAACAAAGGAACAUGACAUGGUUAUCCAAGUUUUGGUUCUGUCUCAAUCUUAUGAACAUAUAGAUACACAAAAGUAUGGUUUUCUCUUUCGAGUGAACCUUAUAUAUUAUGAGUGAGCUUUAUGCCUGCAGAUUAUGUUUCUCUUUCGAAUAUAUCCAAAUUUAUUCU